UUAUCAGCACAAGAGGCAAAGGUCAAACUAUUGUUAUUAUUGAAUUUUCACGUGGAAGAACAACUCCCACAUCCAAGAGAGAUGUCAUUCGUUCGACCACUGCCAAAAAUUUAUAUGUUACAACAAUUUGGGCGCAUCAAAAUACCUGCCACCUUUGGUGAUUUCGAACAAUUUUCAAAAGACAUGAUAUGCUUGAUGGAUUGGCAGACAGAUGUCUUGUCAACAGCUAGAGCAAUAAAUAAAGCAACUACGAACUUUAUGGAAAAUAAUAAUAAUAUUUGCAUAACUUCAGUGAAUGAUACGCCACAGAAGAAAGAAAGUAACAAAAAUCAACCCUUACCUAAAUCCCCAUCUCCCGAUUCCUCACCUCCCAGUUCUCCAUCUUCCCU